AUAGCUAGAACUGCUGCGUUAUACGUUGACCACGCUUGUCGAAUAACGACGCUCGCUCUUCGGACUCAAAGAAAGUCGAGACAAUUUUUUUUGUCUUUUUAUACUCGAAUGUUUUUAUCGGGCAUCGACCAGUGAAAUCCUUGGACGCGUUUGUGGAACUAUAUCUGGAUUUAAAGAUGCUGGAUAAUUUUACGAAUUCAAGCAAACUACAGCGAGGCACAGAUGUGCAGUAUUCUAGACAACAGCUCCAUACGUAUAGGGAUGGCCUAAUCCUACUCGUUCUCUGUCUACUUGAAUCCUUUUUGAUCCUCCUUGCUAACACUACCGUGUUCGUGCUAAUUAUCAAGCACAAAAAACUACGGCGAAAGAACAAUUACUGCUUAAUCAGCCUGGCGAUUUCCGACUUUCUCACUGGUUUGGUGGCUCUUCCUCUAGUGAUAGCUUGUCAAUAUGACAUGAACGCAUGUACGCCCAUGGAUCUAUCCCAGCGCUUCUUGUCUUUCUCGACGAUUCUUCACCUUCUGGUAGCGACAAGCGAGCGUUACUUUAAGAUUCGCUAUCCUUUGCGAUACAAAUACUACGUGACCGGAGCACGGAUUGGUCUGAUUCUUGUUGCUGUUUGGGCAAUGUCACUUGCCUUCUCCUUGAUCCAACUUACAUGGAUUAAUCACACAGAAGAAGAGAGGUAUUACGAUUUUAUUUUCUCCACCUCUUGCGUCGUUGCGUUCGCGUUUUUGCCAUUCGUCAUCACGGUCGCCGCGAAUGUGCAUGUGCUAUGGAUAAUCCACAAGGAGAAAGAGAUUCGCUACCGAAUGGUUCAACACGAGCGAAGUCCCCAGUGUAGGAAGGGAAGCAAGAGAAGAUCAAACGAGAGAAAAGCCGUUCUGGUGUAUUUGGCGAUGACAGUUAGUUUCAUGGUUGGGUUUCUGCCCUAUUUCAUCCUGACAUUCAUGGCCGACAUGCAAGAAGAUGUUGGAUUUGGGGUUAGUUUGUUUUUCUUGAUUCUCAGAUUCACCGCCCCCCUUGUUGACCCUUUGCUCUAUACCUUCUUCAAGACGGAUUUCAAGAGCGCCUUCAUAGAUAUGGUUGGUAAGCCUCUACCAUCGACUGAACGGACAGUCCAAACAAGGGUGUAAUAUGUGAGAGACUGAGAGGUACCCUUUGCUCUAUACCUUCUUAUAAAGACUGAUAUCAAGAGGGUCUAGAUAUGGGCAGUAAGACUGUAAUAUCCGAGAGAAUUGUUCUAUAGUUGCCAAAGCAAGAGUCUGCUUCUAAAUGAAAGCCCAUUUCAAGAGCGCCUCAUAGUCAAUACUGAACCACUAUACUAACGCCUGCAAGAACUGUUCGGCCAAGCUGGGGUAUAAUAUCUACUGACACCGGAAGAGUAGGUCCGUGGGAAUUGUUCUUUGUAAACCCAUUGUAGAGUGAAGUCAUUAAACCCGUGAAAUAGAUAUUACACUAACACACUUUAGUAGACCUUAAUUACAUUGUUUUCUUUUGUGUUUAUUUGACUAUUACAUGUUGACUAAUAAUUUUUAUUUCACGGGUUAAAUACCCUCGCUCUAAGACUUAUGAUCGCUAACUAUUACUAUCCUAUGCACGGACAGUACAAAAAGGUUGAAUAUCUGGGAAAUGUGGUAUCGAAGUGAGAAAAGUUAGUGGUGAUAAUAAUAAAUGAUAAACUUUA